UGGUUCCUGAACCAGAGAACAAAACAUCGCACGAUCUCAGACUGCUUCUGAGGUAAGAUUCAUCUCCUCAAGAAAAAUCUGUUCAUUGGAAAUAUAAUAAUAAUGUUAUUUGUGAAAAUGAAAAUGUUGUGUUGUGGAAAAAAUGGACUGCUCUAAAUACUGCAUUAAAUCAGGAGUCUUUUUUUUUCUAUGAGUACUUCUACAUCACUUCAAAUAACAAACAGGACAAAGCUGUUGCUAGGAUGUGGCUAUUUGGAGGAUCCAAACAAACCACUCCUCCUCCAUCUCCAGAGUUUCGCAGACCCUGGAGGUCCUUGGACUGGAAUAAGGAUAAACAAAGUCUACUGAAAGCAAUAAACGGGUUCAAACCUAGGACCUCAGAAGUUGGCACUCUGAAAAUUCUUCUAUAUGGACCACAAGGUGCUGGAAAAUCAAGCUUCUUCAACUCUGUGGAUAGUGCUCUCAAGGGCCGCAUCACUACCAGAGCCCUGGCACAUGCAGUAGAAACUGGUCAUAGUUUCACUGUGGAAUGCAAAACAUAUAAAGUGAGGAAGGACAGCCCUGACUCCUACUUUCCUUUCAAUUUCACUGACAUUGCUGGAAUGCACGAAGAAGAUACAGGAAUACAUAGGGAUGACAUCAUCAAAUUAUUAAAUGGUCACAUCAGCAGUGGUUAUACUUUUAACCCAUUUAAACCAAUUACCAAAGAAGACCCGAAUUAUAACAAGAACCCCACUCUGAAAGACAGGAUUCACUGUCUGGUUGCUGUUCUUCCUGCUAACACUGUUUCUUUGAUGGAUGAAACUAAUUUGCCCAUAAUUAGGCAAAUGAUUGAUGUUCGUAAGGAAGCAAGAGACUUGGGCAUUCCUCAAGUCAUAAUCAUGACCAAGGUUGAUGAAUUAUGUCCACUAGUCAAAGAUGAUAUUAGAAAGAUCUACACAAGCAAAAACAUAAAACAAAAGAUGGAAUUGUGCUCUUUGAAGCUGGGAACUCCUGUGAGCUGCAUCUAUCCUGUGAAGAACUACCAUGAGGAACGUACCAUUGAUGACACAAUAGAUAUUCUGAUUUUAGAUGCAUUGAAGAAUAUUAUCAUCUUUGCUGAUGACAAUGUGCAAGAUCAAGUAGACAAGUAGACAGUGAUUAAGUGCCCCUUGAAUCUGUAAGAUUUUUGAAUUACAGGUUCUGUAGGAUGUUUUUCUGAUGAGACAAUUUAUGCAUACAAUUAAAUAUUAAUUAUAUAUAUGUAAAGUACAAAAAACUAUGGUAGCAAAUUACAUCAGUUUAUAGUUAUAUAAUAGUUAUAGCAUUUUAUCAUUUAGCAAGAGAGAUAAAGGUAUUUACAUAUUGUUUGAAUAAUUAUUUAGUGCAUGAUCAGGAUAUACUGUUAUGUGUAUAAAGAAUAGUUUCAGUGCUCUCUGGGUGAGGGAUGCCAUUGAACCUGCUUUUAGAAAUAAAAAUAA